ACUUAUUUUGCCCGUAUUAAAAUUACUUAUAAUAUAUUCUUUUUUGAGAUAAUUUUUCAACUCCGAUAACACUUCGUGAUUGUCUAUAACGUUAUCUACUUUUUUUUAAUAAUUUUAAUGUCUAUGGAAAAGCUGCGUUCCAGUUCGGAAUAACAAAACAAUAUUCAAAACCUAUUUUGACAGCCAUCGUAUUUCCUUCGCUUUUACACAAGUCAAUAUUGUCUCAUAGCGGUUGAAUGUUAUGGUCUUAUCUCACUUUUUUUCUCAACUUGAAGCUAAGAUUAUAAACAAUACUCAUAAACUUUACAACUUUGUAAUUGUCAAUUUCGAGGUUACAUUACAUUUACAACAAUAAUUUUGUACUCGUCUCCCAUCUAAAUAUUAUUGCUACGUAUAAAUAAAUGCACGUUUCAAAUGCGAUAUUAUUAAUUUACGGUAUCUGCAAUUUUACAAGUUGGACUUGUAUGAAUGUAAUACUUUAACUCGUCGCUAAAGUUUAUCCCUAAUGGAUAGUGAAGGCAUUACUAAGCCGGGAUCGGAGUCCCAGGACUCCGAUGAACCGGCGCCUCCAGGAACUUCCCCAUUCACACUUGAUAAGGCAUUAACCAAACCAAUUCCUCCAGCCGCUCCUGUCACAUCAACGGUUGGGUUUAAGUUGGCACCCUCAUUGAAAGGAGUAGAGAAUGCUAAGAAGAGAUUGAGAGCCUUCUCGAUACAGAAGAAAGCUCCAUUAACACCUGUAGCUGUGACCAAGAGUACUGGAAGUGGAAAUACAACAGUGUUCAUUGGUAAGCUGAGCAGUGUUAAAGUGACUCCGAAGCCAGAAGAUGCUGAUCAGAAAAAGCAGCCAAAACCACCCAAGCCUGGAGCUUUCAGAAAAAUAUUGCAAGACUCAUACACUGAAUUACAAAAGCGUACCCUCACAGAGAUUGAAGAUAUGAAGCGUAAGAUGGAACUGGUUGAGUUAGGUAUACCUCUCGGUUUGAUUUGUCCGAGCUCGUCCAACGAUAAGGCGAUGCCGACAAAGGCUAUGCCGCCCAUCAAGACAUUCUUGGACCCAGCAAAACUGGAUGAAAUUAUCAGAGAUGCGAAAAAAGCUAAAGCAGAGGGCAAAGAAUUUAAAUUCGACUACCAAAAGAUUUUACCAGACUAUGAUAACCCUUUCCAACGUAAGAAAGAUGAAUUCGAGAAAGCCAAGAAAUCUGAAGAGAGGGAUCAUCGUAAGAAGAGUGAGAAAGACAGGGACAGAGAUAGAAGGUCCAGUAGCGGGUACGACAAGGAUAGAAGACACUCAAGUCACAAAAAAGAUGAUAAGGAUCGAAGAAAAGAUGAUAGAGAUAAAGAUAGGGAUAGGUACUCAGAUAAGCAUAAGAGCAAAGAAGUUAAAAAACCUAAGGAGCCGCCAGUAGAAGAAGUUAAGACUAAAGAAAAAGUAGUACCCAAAGACCCGAAGGAGACUGACGUCAAUUUGAAUGAUUAUUUAGUUUGCGACAGCUGGUCCUUAGAUAAUGACGAUAAAAAUAUCAUUACAAGUCCAAAAUUAGAUGACAGGAUUAGACAAAUACCGAUACCAAAAGAGACCAAGCCAAUAGAAAUUAAAAAGGAAAAAACCGAAAGUCCAGUACAAACACCAGUGAGAAUGAAGAAACUACAACCAGUGAUCGAUUCGUUCAAAUUCGAAAUCGAUCCCAAUGAAGACGAACUAGAAAUGUUCGAAGACAACUCAGAUUUAGACAAAUUUUCGUCUAAGUCAGUCAAGGUUGAACUUGACGAUUCACCCAUGGAUAUGUUUGACUUUGACACGAAAGAGUCUAAUGACGCUUUGACAGAUGACACGUUUUUAGAAUCCGUUAUAAACGAGAUUAAACAGGAAGAUAUGAGCGAUGACACGAGUCAGGAUAAAGGCUUAGUAGAAUACGACUCUCCGUCUAAAGACAGUUCCAGUCCGAUCGACGAAUCGAGACUGUCUAUAACGCCGGAGUUGGACGAUAGGAUGAGGGAUCUACAGUCCAGGCGUAGCGACUACUCCGACGGCUACAGGUCUACGGAGAGCGGCUACAAGUCUACGGAAAGCGGCUACAAGUCCAACGCCAGUUUUAAAUCUGAGGAUAGCAAGGGGGAUAGCUAUAGGUUGUCGAUGGAGAAAGAUCUGGAAAAUCAGUUGAAUAAGUCGACGGUGGAUUCGUUGGAGACCUGGAGUUUUGUGCUCAAGAUCUGUCAGCCGUUGCUGUUUAGACAUGACAGGAAUAAGUGCUAUAGAGAAACGCGCACUAUGCCUAAGAUCUGGUACACAGAGAACCCCAAGCUAUGUUCAUGUGUGAAGGAUAGAGCUGUUGUCUAUGAAGAGCUGGAGACCUGCAAGAUGAGCCUCGUGGAUCGAGUCUAUGGUUGCGAUCAGAUACCUGAAAUAGAGUUCCCAAAGGCCCGAAGUUGGUACCCUCGCUUCGCGCACUGCCUGACCGAGUCUAGCUCCGUGCCCCCCCUCGAGCCUGCCUCUGAGUGGGAGGCGGAUGACAGCCAGACAGAAACUCCUCAGCUCAAGGACAAGAGACGGUCCACUACCCCUCUGCGCAGCGAGGAGAUCUACCUGGACAGGGAGUACCAGAGAUUCAUGCAAGCUGUAUGGCCAGAAGUGUCAGAAUCUAAAGCUGGCACUCCCCGCAGUACCACACCAGUCAGACAGGAGACCAGAAAGAAGAAGGCAGAGGAUAAAGAAGCAGAAGACAAGAAGAAAGUCAAGAAGAUAAAGCUGAGCAGCGAGGGUUGGAGCCAGGAGUCUGACGUGGAAGAAGAGGCCGAAAAGAGCAAACAGAAGAUAAAAGUGGAGAAAGCGAAGGUCCGAAAGCGGAAACACUCGCCGUCUUCUGCCUCGGCCAGCGAGGACGACGACAAGAAGAGAAGGAAGGCGCUCAAGAAGAAAGCCAAGGAAAGUAAAAAAACGAAAUCAAAACUGGCGAAACGACGACGUCUCGGUAAAAAGUAUUUAAAGAAGUUAAAAGAUAAGCAAAAGAAGAAGAAGAAACAGAUUGAAGAAGAUGAGGAUAUCGAGAAAGAAAACAGAAAGAAAGAAAAGAAAUUGCGCAAAAAGAAACUACAGAAGAAAAAGAAAGCGUUUAAAAAGAAGAAAGCUAAAGCGAAAUCUUCUAGCAGUUCGUCCUCAUCAUCUUCAAGUAGCACGAGCAGUUCCGACUCAGAAUCAGAACCAGAGAAGAAGAAGAGAAAAAAGAAGAAUAGUGACGUCAAGAAGAAAAGAAAGCAAUCUACUUCUGAUUCCACUCAGAGCGAGGAACUCUUCGACGUCAAUAUCCUAAACAACAUCAAAACAGAACGAUUGACAGACGACGAAAAGAAUCAAAAGCUAGACUUUUCUAGAAGACAGAAACCUAGAGAAAUAAUCAACGUGAAAGAAUUACAGAACGAUUUCGUCGGGAAUAAUAUUCAUAUUAAGAAGGAGGUAGAAGAAAGAGUGAUUGAGAAGAGAGAAGAACACAUUAGAAUAGAUGAGUUUGAGUUGGACAGUCAAGAGAGGGAGUUCGCUACGGAGAGGGAUCCGGAUGUCACGGAUGUGUUGGAUGGACGGGAGAAAGAGGAAGUGCAGGUUAAGGUAUAUCCAGAGCCUACACAUUUUGACAAGUUCAAUCACCAUGAAAUGGAAAUAGCGACCAAUAAGCUCGCGGACAACUCGCUGUCGUCAUCCUUUAUAGAUAAAGAUCUGCCUGAGCCGACGCCAACGGAACACUUAGAAACUAAACUACCAGAGAACUCAUUAUCAUCGUCAUCCUUAGAUAAAGACCCUCACGAGCCGCUAGAGCUGAACAUCCCGCUGCCGCGGCUGCCCGCGCUGCCGGACGAGUCCAACCUGUCGCAGUGCUCCUCACAAGAGUCCACCGCCAGCAAGGACGUGCCUUAUGAAAAGGACGACAGCCACCUCCGUCCCUCUUCACAGAACUCCAACUACAGCUUCAACGAUGUGAUCAGCGCAUCUCACAGCUACCAGAAAGAGGAUAAGUCGCCAGAGGGCUACGAGCACAGCUAUGAAGUGUACGAACAGCUCGCCAUGGCUUACCAGAGCGAUGUCGCUAAACAGAGUGUCCCAGGGCGUGUGUCCCCGGACGCGCGCUCGCAGCGCAUCGAGACCCUGGUGAGGCGCCGCAGCCGCGGGGAGAUCAAGUGCGACUGGCGCCCCGACACGCGCGGGCCCGCCCCCGCCGCGCCCGCCGCCAGGCCCUCCAGAUGGGGUUUGAAACCGGGCGAGGUAAACAUAGUCCUGACCGGCGGAGACAACUACCCCUCACACAACACUACGGAACCCGUCUACCAGAUACAGACCAUCGCCAACAGGAGCGAGAAUAAUACUAGCGGAAGUUAUGACGAGGCAUAUGAAGACAUGUACGGCGCGUCGGACCGGCUGCAGUACGGCGACUGUUUCGCCACGGACGUCGAACCCGCGAUCCCGCAAGACAGCGCGCCCGUCAAGCAUCUCAUAUCACUGGACGAUCGCAUCAAUAAGGUGUUGAAUGCCUCAGCAGCGGCCGAAGCAAAGUUAGACUCGGAGGAAUUGGACGCUGACAAAGACAGUCCGGACAAAGGAAUACUAGUCACCAAGACUGAGAGCCGCACCGGCAAGCGAGUGAGCUUCGCGGACGGAUACAAACCGGGACAGGACUCGGAUGUCGAGGAACCGCCUGUUAGGAAGAAGAAAAAGCCGCGUCGUACAGGCUGUGCCUGGCCAUGCCCAGCAUCACACCCGGACCACGUCCCCCUAUGGGACGCGCUCCCACCGCCGCCGCCGCCACCAGGCUCCCCACCACGCAACCCACUACCACUCCCACACUUACUACAGCCUCACAACAUGAUGAACAUGCAGCUCAUGUCGCAACAGAACCCGAACAUGCUACAAACGCCGAAUAUGUUGCAGCAACAACAAAAUAUGUUACCGCAACAACAAAGUAUGUUACCGCAACAACAAAGUAUGUUACCGCAACAACAAAGUAUGCUACCGCAACCUAAUUUGUUGCAGCAACAGACUAAUAUGUUGCAACAACCGCCGAACAUGUUACAGCAACCGCAAAUGAUACAGCAACAGAAUCAAUUAUUACAACAAGGCGUAAAGCCCAUGUUGCCCAAUUGUCCACCGUUUUCAAUUGCGCAGAAAAUUGGUUAGCAGAACAAUUUCAUUUUAUAAUAUUGAAUAUUUUUCUGAUUUUCUUGUAAAACUUUCUGAAAAGAAGGUUCUAUCAUUUGUAUGUAUUACAAAUGGACCAGUGAAUAAAUGUAUGGACAUUACAAAUAUGUAUGACAUUUAGAUUGUUAUACAAUCAUUAGACUCGCCUAUUUAAGGCUUAUAAUUAUACAAAACAAUAGUUUUCUUUAGCUUUUCUACCUAAUUUAGGGUCGAAUAUUAAUAUAUUAGUAGUAUGUAUAUUUUGCUGAAACAUCUUGUUACAAAACCCGAAGAGUCACUCUUCAUUUUCUCAUAAACUUUAAGAAUUAAUAUCACUAGUGAUAAUUAUUAUGAUAAUAUAAGAGUAUUAUGUUCUAGACCAUGUAAAUAUAUGAUGUUACUGCCUA